AAUCGCUAAUCUCAUAGUGCACUGAAAGCCAAGGCACCCAGGCUGUUCUCUCAGUUAGCUCCUCCACUAGCUGAAGAAGAAACACAGGACAGAGACUCUGAGGGAGACACAAGUUGUCUUCGGCAGAGGCCAUAAGGGCUGUGUGAGUGUGUUUCUGUGAAAUUCUUCACAUUGGUUGGAGCUGUAUGGAGGGUGUGUGUGUGGUGUUUUGUUGCUGAGGUUUAAGCUGGUGCGUAUGUGUGAAGGGCGUGUUGUUAGUGGUCAAUCCAUGUGUUAAGGAUUUGACAAGGUGGGUUAUGGAUAUGUGUGUUUCUGUGUUAAGAAAUGAACAGUCUUUAGUUAGUGUUGUCAGUGUCACUACAGGCUUGUUUGAGGCUCUGAGCGGUUGUGUAGAUUUACGACAGGACUGAUUUGUAUGCAAGACUAGUGAGUAAUUAUUUUGUCAUGUCAUUGGAACUUGAUUUUAUAUAGCCUAGCCUAUGUGUUUGAAUGUGUUCCAGCGUAUCAGUGUGUGUUUUUGUGCGAGAAUUUGCUUCUGUGUGUGAGAGACUGGCUGUGUGCUUGAGUGUGUGUGAGCCGGUGUGUGUGUGUGUACCCACCAUGCCCCUGCCUGUGCCCGAAGUCCCGGCCUCUCGGAGGCUGACACUGGACUGUCGUUUCCUCCUGGAUCAUCGCGUUGGCAGGGGGGUGUGUGGUUGCUGUGGGGCUCUGAGGCCCCGCUACAAGAGACUGGUGGACAACAUUUUCCCAGAGGACCCAGAGGACGGGUUGGUGAAGGCUAACAUGGAGAAGUUGACAUUCUAUGCCCUGUCAGCUCCAGAGAAGCUGGACCGUAUCGGGGCCUACCUGUCAGAGAGGCUCUCCAGGGAUGUGGCUAGGCACCGCUAUGGGUAUGUGUGUAUAGCUAUGGAGGCUCUGGAUCAGUUGCUGAUGGCGUGCCACUGUCAGAGCAUCAACCUGUUUGUGGAGAGUUUCCUUAAGAUGGUCCGUAAACUGCUGGAGGCCGACAAACCCAACCUACAGAUCCUGGGAACCAACUCUUUUGUCAAGUUUGCCAACAUUGAGGAGGACACUGCAUCUUAUCAUCGCAGCUAUGACUUCUUUGUUUCGCGCUUCAGCGAGAUGUGUCACUCCAGCUACGAGGACCCAGACAUCCGCACCAAGAUCCGUAUGGCUGGGAUAAAUGGUCUGCAGGGGGUUGUGAGGAAGACGGUGAAUGAUGACCUACAGUCUAACAUCUGGGACCCCCAGCACAUGGACAAGAUCGUCCCCUCACUGCUCUUCAACCUGCAGAGUGGAGAGGGCACUGAGAGCCGCUCCCCCUCUCCCCUGCAGGCGUCGGAGAAAGAGAAGGAGAGUCCGGCAGAGCUGACGGAGCGCUGUUUCAGAGAGCUGCUGGGACGGGCCGCCUACGGCAACAUCAAGAACGCUGUCACACCAGUACUCAUGCACUUAGAUAACCACUCUCUGUGGGAGGGGAAGACCUUUGCAGUCCGCUGCUUUAAGAUCAUCAUGUACUCUAUCCAGUCACAGCACUCUCACCUGGUCAUCCAGCAGCUGCUAGGUCACCUGGAUGCCAACAGUAAGAAUUCAGCCACAGUGCGUGCUGGGAUAGUGGAGGUCCUCCUGGAGGCUGCAGCCAUUGCUUCCAGUGGCUCUGUAGGCCCCACUGUGUUGGAGGUGUUUAACACUCUGCUAAGGCAGCUGCGUCUCAGUGUGGACUACGAGCUGACCGGCUCCUACGACGCCAGCGGAAACAUUGGCAUCAAGAUCAUCAAAACCCAUGAGGAGAGACAGCUACAGGAAGCCGUCAUCAGGACCAUUGGGUCGUUUGCGAACACCCUCCCUACAUACCAGCGCUCCGAGGUCAUGCUCUUCAUCAUGGGCAAGAUUCCUGUACCAGGGGUACACCCCGCACUCACCAACGCAGGCUCAGGGGGUUGUGAAGGGAUCAGGAUGAUCCAGAUCAUGCUGCUGAAGUCACUGGUUCAGGUGACGACAGGGUUCCAGACCACCAACAUGCUGACGGCGCUGCCCAACUCGUUCCUGGAGCCGCUGCUGUCCUUCUCCCUGAUGGAGGACCCGGAGGUCAGACUGCUGGUGCUCACCAUCCUCCUCAGUGUUAUAGACAGACACGACAACACACCCAAGUUCUCCAGCAUCAGCAUUAUAUCAGAUAUCUCUGUUCUCAAGCUGAAAGUGGAUAAGUGCUCUCGACAGGACAACCUUUUCAUGAAGAAGCAUGCACAGCAGUUGUACCGCCACAUCUACUUGGCAUGUAAGGAGCAGAGCAGUGGUCCGCAGCACUUUGAGACACUCUAUACCUUGCUGGCCCUCAUCAGCAUGGAACUGGCCAACGAAGAGGUGGUGGUGGACCUCAUCAGACUGGCCCUGGCCCUGCAGGAGUUGGCUCAAACCAAUGAGGAGUCUCUGUCAGUGUAUAACCGCUGUGCUGUCCAUGCCCUCUCUGCUGCCUACCUCAACCUCAUCUGUCAACUCACCACCGUCCCCACCUUCUGUCAGCACAUACACGAGGUGAUUGAGAUGAGACAGAAGGAGGUACCCUUCCUUCUCCCUGAGGACGUCUUCAUUGAAAACCCCAAGCUCCCUGCCUCUCUGGAGAAGUUGGAGGGGGAUGUUCUGUUCCAGCAGUCUAAGAUCACAGAAGUCCUGGGGGGCAGCGGCUACAACACAGACAGGCUGGCCACACCCUACAUCCCACAGUUCACAGACGAGGACCGUCUGUCCAAGAGGAAGAGCAUUGGAGAGACCAUCUCACUACAGGUGGAGGUGGAGUCUAGGAACAGCCCAGAGAAAGAGGAGAGGACUCCAGCAGAGGAGAUCACAUUUGAAACUCUGAAGAACGCCAUCGUGGACAGUGUGGGGAUGGAGGAGCAGGAGAGAGAGCGCAGGAGGCAGGUGGUGGAGAAGUUCCAGAAGGCCCCCUUCGAGGAGAUAGCUGCCCACUGCGGUGCCAGGGCCACAUUGCUGCAGAGCAAACUCAAUCAGAUCUUUGAGAUCACAAUCCGACCCCCUCCCAGCCCGUCUGGCACCAUCUCAUCAGGCUACGGCCAGACCCAGAGCCGCUCGGUGCCCGUCUACGAAAUGAAGUUCCCUGACCUCUGUGUCUACUAGCCCUAAAGGUCAGGGGUCACCCUAGGAGGAGAGGGGAACAGGGGGUGUGGAGCUACAGCAGUCCUCAGUGUUAAAACAACUACAGACACUGACCUGUUCCCCCUGCUCCAUAUUCUCAUUCUGUCAAGAGCUACUGACAUGACUGACAAUGUGUUUUUUGCACUGUGAUCGCAGACAAAACAAAAAGGCAGCAGUGUGAGCUAUUGACCCUUCACCCUUUGCUCGACCCCUCCCCCAUCCUAAAAAUUCCAAUAUGACUGCCACCGGCUUGGAUUAGACUGUAGCCAGAAAGACCGUGGAGAAGAACAAUGGAUGGACUGAGGAUAGAUAGAACAGGGAGGAGAGAACAUAGUGAUCCCCAGUUUUAACCUUCUCCUUUUCCUCUGAUUAACUUGCUGCAUGCCCACCACUCUAAACACCACCCUUGAGCCCAUUACUAGUGUCUAGACGUUGUCCUAGUUUAUCCCUCACUGGAUGCAUUACUACCCAAAGUGCAUCAACAACAAAAUGGCUAAUUGCCAAAUGUAACAAAAUCAAAUGUUCUCAUUCGUUUUAUUGUAUUGCCAUUAUUUUGUUUUUCUGUCCUGGAAAGGGAUAAUGUUAAGUACCUGACAAUGGAAGCUGUAGUGAAAAAUGUAGGUAAUCUAGUGUUUUAGUUUUCAGUGGGAUGACUACUUCUGAAACACUAUCCCCACUCCCUGCUCAGACCAUUCAGUUCUAAAUCAACGGUGCAUUGUGUUUGCUUGAUGCUUUUCAUGUCUUUUUAGGUUUUUAUUUUAAGUCUCUGGGGUGAGAACUCCAAAGUAUUUUUUGUAUCGCUGUGUGUUAGCCAGGAGUGCUUUUGAUGCUGACCCAAAUUAUCUUCAUUUUGUAUUUUUUACCCCCUUGCUUUUUAAAUGUUGUAUAUUUUAAUCCAUGAUUUGACUGCAAAGGUUAAAGUGUGUGAUGUGUGUGCUGUCCUCGGAAAUGUGAGAGUGCCCUACAGGUGACUCCAGCAGAACUAGAUUCAACCAGUUCAACCAUUCAUAAAACCAGUCAUAGCUUUCCCACUUUGUAAGGAUCUGAAGAGUGUACAGUUAUGUUUACAUGCUCAAACACUAGCAUAUGGGUCGUUCCAUCAAUACGGUGCCUUUUGAGAUGUGGAACUUGGUUAAAAAAAACGUAUGAUUUCACCUAAUUUUAACAUUGUUGUAAAGAGCAAGAGAUAAAAAAAAAUAAUAAUACUGUAUAUAGUAAGUGCCUAUUAAGUGCCAAAUAAAGUAACAGGGUUGACGAUUUCAUCUUAAAUCAGCCAUAAAUCCCGUUACAGGGGAAUUGGAAGCUUGUUGUGUGCAACAAGCUUGUGCAUGGAAGCUUCAAAUCUUUUUGUUAAAACAUUUCUAGCCUGUCUAUAUGGGUCACAGGCUUGACUUGUUAUGCUGGACCUGCUCAGUUUUCUACCAGAAAACACCAGGAAAUGGCCAAAAAGAGUCGUUUUUUCUUUGAAGGAAUAGUUUCACCAUAUUCAGUUCACAUAACAGGGUUAACCAUAAAAUGAGAGACAUUUUUUUUUACCUUCAAAUUAAUCACAUGAAAUAAAUAAAUGAUCAUCUUCAGAAAUGACUUUGUCAAAGCAACAAGGGCUUUGAUGGUGAUAACUUUUGUGGAGUUAAGUAGGUUAAAAUCUUCCUGGAAGUCAGAGGGUGCAUGGAAGGACAUGUCAAAAUGCUGAGUUUUGGCACUUUAGCAAGUCUUUAUUCAUAUACAAAAAUGUUUAUUUAGUUCUCCAUAUGGUCUAUAAUAAAGGGCACUUCGUUGAAUAUAACAGGUUUUUAAAAUUGAAUAUUGGUGCACAAUUUCAAAAGGUGCUCAUUUUGUUGAACGACCCAUAUAGACUAAUUAACCAACCCACAUUAUUAUUUGUCAUAUACAGAUCUGCUAUCUUAAUUUUAUCUCUUGGUUGUCGCAGGAAAUGGUAAUUGUAGUGUAUUCAAGGUUUAAAAAGGCUUCUAAAGUUUGUAAUUUCCACUUAAAAAUGAGAUUUGAUUCGACCUAACGAAAAAUGUAUCAACCCCUACAAAAAUGUCCAAUAAUUAUAAUCCACAUAAUUCACAUUUCCUGUUGGAUUAUUUUCCUGCUGUGAGAAGCAGGGUCAAAUUAAGAUUGUGUGUGUAUACAGAGAAGUACAUUACAUAUCUAGCUAUAAACAUGAUGUAAAUUUGUUUAUUUUUUUGUGUAUAGAUCUAUAAAUAUAAUUUUAGAUUGCACUGACUAGCCGUAGUUAAGGGAAAUAUCUACUAGUAUUUUUAAGAGUAUAUAUAUAUAUAAGACCUCUGUGAGCUAGCCCACUGAGAACUAACCAGCAUGGCAUCAAAUCAGGACAGACUGUGACUGGAACAGGGAUGGCCUGUAAAGAGAUUGUAAUAUUAUGUUUAGAGUUACUGCCAGACAGAGCGCAGUGGAGGAGAGUGAUGAAGAUCUAGGGAGUAGUUCCCUCAGACAUAUUAAAGGGUGACUGCACUUCCUGAUGUAGCCUCAUUUUGAAGAUUGCUCAUUAAGAAACGCUAGUGGCCACGACUGAAGUCAAAUGAGAGUUGUCUUAGGGGUGUGGUUUGAUGUGGGUGUGUUACGUUCACUUAAUCGUACCCUGACAGGUACUGUUUGUCCCUCCUGAGUCACUGUACAAUAACACAGCUUCUUCAAAAUAGUCCGAUUUUAUUUAAGAUCAAUAAAAACAUCUGUAAUUAAUUUAGUCAUGCAAUUUAGAUCUAGCUAAGGUAUUUGGUGCAGUAUAUCUCAAGUAAAUAAAUGUGCAUGAAAACUAGUCCGUGCACUGCAUACAGUCUAUCGAGUCGGGAAAGUCUGGCUGCGCGCUCAGGACUGAUUUCUGAGAACAAUAACUUGUCUACAACUUCAAACUGUUUUUCAGUGCCCAAAAUCACUUUCCAGCUAAAUUACAACUCUGUUUGUCAAUGAAGCUAGCAAGUAGUAGCUAGAAGGCAUAUUGAGCAGCCAGGCCACAAUCAGCUUAUCAAGUCACUCAAAAUUGAGUUGCAGAUGGGAUACAAGAUCGUCUCAAUUCUCAUUUUGCCCCAAAAAAGUGGCAGACUCGGGGGUUUGACACUUUCAAACACUGGCAUGUGGCCAGUCCUUAAAGGGCUUAGGGCCAAUGGUUAUUUCAACAUAACAUUGGUGACGGGUUGUCUGAUGUAAACAAGUCUGAGGUGCUGCGUAAUUGGCAGGUCUGUCUCACUGUCUGGAGGUUCUGGCUGCUAGUGGGCAUGACCCUAAUCCAUACCCAACCCUUCAGGAAGUCGUGACCUAUUCACUUCAUAAACUAGGUUUUAUCCUAUUUACACUUUGUAAUCAAUUUUGACACUAGAAUGAAUGUUUGUGACUCAUAUCGAUGCCACACAAGCCGUUUUAAAACCAGAGACAUUAGAGAUGAUAUAGUGUGUAGUUCCCUCAGACAUCUUAACGUCUGUAAUACACCAGAGAGAUGCUGCAGGAGGGAACGCAAAUUAGCGACAUAACCCCCUCCCUGUAAUCGUACUGCCAUUAUUAUCCUUUAUUACAACUACAGUCAGUGUGUUUAGUCCAACGAUAGUGCCACGUUAUUAUAUCAGAUCCUCCUCAUCCUUUCCAUACUGGUGACGUCAUCGUAAUGGUUGUUAGCCCUUUGUAUGUGAGUGGAGAGAGACGAGCCUGGACUGGACAGUAGAUACUGGUUACAGAAGUAGCUUCCUAAGAAUACGUCUCUGCCGGUGUGUCUGGGGCUCAUACUUUCAGCUCAUGCUCUUACAGAUUGUCGCAAAACUAAGUACAAUGGCAAUAAUUCUAAGUCUUAUGAUGGUUUGAGGUUUUCUGAACUAGCCAGAUCAGGCAGUCUAGAGUCCAGUUUAGCCAACUCCGAAACAGACUGGCCUUCCAGGCUGAAAUAGCCCCAUCUGAAGAUAGCCCAUAUUCUGUGUUUUGAUAAAUGACUUCUGUACCUGGACGGUGCUGUGACACCUUCUGUACCCGUGACAUUGUGAGACUCCUUCCUUCCUGUGCUAGUGUAAACUGACUCCCAAACUGUGCUAGUGUAAACGGCUAGUGUUAACUGUGCUAGUGUAAACUGGGCGUGCUCUAUAUGUGUCACUGUCAUAACCAGUUGAUGUCUGUCACUGACAAAAUGUCAUAUUGUGAUUAGUGUUAACUGCCCAAUAUGCAGUGUUCUGUAGGUUUUGUUUUUACUAUGUAUUGUCUCUGUCAAGUCAACCCAUGCCAGUAGUUUACCGGAUUGUCCAUUUGACUUGUCAAUUUUUACAAGGUUCAUGUUUACUGAGUAACUUUGUCAUUGUGUGCGUUCGUCCGUGCAUUCGUGUGUGCAUUCGUGUGUGCUUGUGUAUUCAGUCAUCACCCCAAGACCAAACUAAUGAUCAGACCCAGUUUACAACCCAGUCCAUUAACUCCUCUUCCUCCUUCUCAUGAAGAACAAUGUAAUCAGCAUCAUGCAGCUCUCUAUCCUUCCAACGAAGCCAAUAACAAGUCACAGUAACAGAUGAACACUACAGUGUUUUUUUGGCAGAUAAUACUGUAGUGUUUACUCUAGUGUACUACAAUAUUCUAUAGUAAGUACUACACAAGAUCGGGGGAUACUACAUUGUGUAGUAUAGUAAGUACUGUAGUAUUCUAUAGUAAACUUAUUUUUUUCAUGUGGGUACAUUUCUUAGGAACUAAACAACAACAGUUCUGCUGUUAAUGUGUUGUUAGACCUGUUACACCUUUCUGUCCACUCAUCUCCUGUUCCUUGUAUAGUAAAUGUAGCUCUUUACAUUGUAGUGCUGUAGGUCAAACUAUCUAAUCUGUGAACUUUGCACUUUAAACUGGAUUCCCUAGUGACAGAGGCAGCUUUUACAUGGAGAAAAUGCCUUAUGAUGAGUGCUGGACCUGACUUUGCAUGCUAGUGAUGUAGCUACGUACAGUUCAAUGACCGUCUAGCUGAAUAUAUGUAUGUUACUGUUUCUUCCUGAUCAAAUUUCCAUUAAACAUUUCAUUUUGUCUUUGCCAAUUGCACUGAAGAUGUUCUGUUUCGAAGAAACCUUUAUUGCUGAAAUUAUAAGAAAAACACAUACUUUUAAUUGAACUGUAUGUAGUAUGGCUGUUGUAGAAGCACCAUGUCUCUCAGUACCAAUGUCGUAAGAUGUAGACAUAUUGUCAAAUACAGUAGGAUGCCCACACAGUUGCUGUACAUACAGAAACAUUUUAACAGACAGAGGUAAAAGAAGAGACCGUCUUAGCAUUGGCAGUGACAUUGAGGGCUUCCACCAUUUUAAUGUAGUCAACUGGGUGGAAUUUCCAAAUUCAUUGGCUGAUCCCUCCUGGUGACUCUUGGAGUCAUGUCCAACCAGGUGAUCAGGAGGGAUCAGCCAAUCGUGAAGAAAAUGGACUACUUCAAAAUGGUACUGCCCAUGCUGUUUUACCUAGCUUUUUCAGGUGAAAUUGAAUUAUGUAUAAUAGGCUACAGUGUUUCAAAUAGUCGUAGGUUUUUCCAUCACAAUACAACAGCAUGCGGUUGUGUGUGACUGAUUGUCAGACUAUAGGUGAGGUGUUCUCUCUCCCAUAGUUUGAUAGACUACAUAUGUUUUUGUGCUCAAUGGUGGAUCUAUUCAUAAUUAUUGUUUGUAUUGUUAUUAAAACACUACUGUGCAGCAUUAACUGAUUGACUGACUGACUGUAUCCUCCUGAUCCUGAAUGGUUGUCCUGCUCAGCUGGGUUUUUUUUCAUCCUGAUUGUCAUUUGAUUGGUUGUCAAAUAAAUUAACUUUACGAAUGUUGGCGUCGCCAAAA